ACCUCCAACUGAUGACUGUGUUUGGUGGCUGAGUAGUAAUGAGGCAAACAAUACAAUAAUGAAACUUAAAACCAUUCUCAAACUCCGUGAGGACCGUAAAAACAUCCACAGACCAAUCUCAUCUCUUCUUCUUUAUGUUCUCUUUCCUUCUUUUGUUUUCUGCCAUGGAAGACGAGCCAUUUCUCACUACCACUUCCCAACCCAUCGCCGAUUGCCUUCUUCCAUCUUCCAAGUCCUUCAACGACGUCACCACCACACGCGCGCGUGACGUCGCCGCCGCCGCCGCCGAGGAGAUUCAAUCCGAACAACAACAACCUCCCAAGAAGAAAAAACUGAGCCGCUGCAAGACGGCACCUGCGAUGGUCACCAUGCGAGACCUCAAACCUAAGACACCCCAACUCCCCAAACCUCAAUCAAGUUCCAUAAUUCGACAAGGCAUGUGGUUACUCGCCGUGUACCUCUCCAUAGGAGUAGUCAUAUACUCCUUCAACAGGGACCGUUUUUCCGGCAUCGAAACACACCCUGUGGUCGACGCACUCUACUUUUGUAUAGUCACCAUGUGUACCAUAGGUUACGGAGACAUAGCGCCGUUAACCCCAUUCACCAAAAUCUUCGCUUGCGCUUUUGUGUUGGUGGGGUUUGGGUUCAUAGACAUACUCCUCAGCGGGCUCGUGAACUUCGUAUUGGAUUUGCAAGAGAACAUGAUCCUAACGGGUCUGCAAAUGGGUGCGAGUGAAAGGGAAGGUUUUUCUGCUCGGAAUUACAUCGUUGAUGUGGCGAAGGGAAGGAUGAGGAUCAGGUUGAAGGUUGGUUUGGCGCUUGGGGUUGUGGUGAUGUGUAUUGGGAUUGGGAGUUUGGUGUUGUACUUUGUGGAAGGGUUGGAUUGGGUUGAUUCGAUUUACUUGUCGGUUAUGUCUGUCACAACGGUUGGGUAUGGGGACCGAGCCUUUAAGACGCUUCCUGGUCGUUUGUUUGCGGCUAUUUGGUUGCUCUUUUCUACUCUCAUGGUGGCUCGGGCUUUUCUCUAUUUGGCUGAGGCUAGAAUCGAUAGAAGGCAUCGGAGAAUGGCUAAGAAGGUUUUGCAUAGGGAAAUUACCGUCCAGGAUUUGCUUGCUGCUGAUAUCAACAACACUGGUUUCAUUAGCAAGUCAGAGUAUGUAAUCUUCAUGCUGAAAGAGAUGGGUAAAAUACAGGAAAAAGAUGUGUUGCAAAUUUGUGACCAAUUCAGGAAGCUUGACCCCUCUAACUGUGGGAAGAUAACACUACCUCAUCUCUUGGGGGGCAGUUUAUGAUAGAGUAGAAUACAUUAAUUGUUUCGGUACAGAAGCUUGCAAGUGGCAAAGCGUUAUUUUUGCAAAAGGAAGAACCAGGGAAGAUAAUCCUCCCCUGCAAAAAUUGUUGAUAAAUAUAUUUUUUUUCUUAGGGGUGAUAGUAAUUGAAUUAUUUGGAGCAAUAUUUUGUUCAGAAAUUACAUCAAUUAUAGAGGUGGUUGCAAAUCAUAAGUACAAAGGAAGUUACUAGAAGGAAAAAUAGAAAGGGACCGAUCAUUCUGAACUGAUUCCAGAUGCAUUAUUUCACUUUCUCUCGCCGUUCAACUGCUUACAGACAUGGUGAAAGUUCGGAAUUUCAAAUAAUGAUUUUUAUUUUGCUGCAGUAAAACAUUUUAACCUACUAUAUCUUUAUGUAUUGAUUUAUAGGUGCAAGAAUUUAGCUCACAAUAAUUAUUUUUAAACCUAGGACUUUUAAUUAUAUAAACUGAAUAUAUUGAAUUAGUCUCU